AAAAGGCUCCGGAGAGAAGCGAAAAAUGUUAAACGAAAAGACUCCGACAUAAACCCGAGCGGAGCUCACGGCUUUGCCGUUGGUGUUUCGAUACUGCCGUGCGCGGACACACAGGUUUUUGCCGCUGCAUACGCCGAGCAACGUCAGGUGCGACAAAACCGCAACCCCGCCCACAUCGGUUCGAGUCCAGCACUACCAAGUGUGAAAAUCGAGGCUACGUCUCAGCUGACGAGAAUGGAACCACGGUACCUGGAAUAUCGCGCGUCGGGAGAGCCCUGCGUGACGACUAGCACCGCAAGACGACGAAGAGGCUGCGGCAACGGACGAGAAGCAACAAAACAAACAUACAAAUGGCCGCCGGCGGUCAUCGACGCAAUGGAUCGGGAUGACGCAGACGUGGCGACGAAAUCCUGUGCCAAAAAAGGGGCCCGUUGGAUAGCUUGCCCUCCGAGAAGCGGCUGCGGCAGUUGUAAAAGCUUUCGAAGACGCUCGGCACCGGCGCAAUCGGGAGGAACCUUCCACACACGCCUCGUUCGCGUCGCCAUCUGAUUCCACGGCAGGAAAGAGAAGCGCAGAAACGAGUGACGUCAUGGAUUUUCGCUUGCAGCGGGAGCGCCUCAAAAACCCGAGACGGCACCGGGUGCAAAAAUAAUUUCUCCGCGCAUCAUUUUGGAGGCAAAUUGUGUCGAGUUCAAUUUGAGGAAGCGUUUAAUUGGCUCCAACAGAGCUUAGAAAAAAAAGGUCCUUUUAACGCUUUCACCCAGCCCCGUCGCGAAGGGUGCCCCCCGGGAGCCCACGUUACGCAAAUGCUGCGCUGACGUCACGCGCCCUUCCGACCAACCGGGCGCCGUCAAAGCUUCACCACAGGGUGAAGCUUUCUCCGCGCCAGCCAAUGAGAGCACGGUCGGAUAUUGGCAUGUUACAUGACGGGGACCUUUGCAAUGGAUGAUGGGGGCCGAUGUCUGCUUGACGUUAUAAACGACCCCCUGCUGCUGCAGUCGUUUCUUGAAGACAAGAACGAGGAGGUUUCGAAGGAGUUGAGCUCGCUCGAUGUCCUGCUCGGCCGGGACGAAGUGAGCAGCACCACCAGCUGCCUGCCGGCCCGCUGCGAGUUGUCGGAAUCCAUGGGCUACGGCUGCUCGGGCACUGACAAACCCGUGGCCCUCGCCGUCUCCGCGACCACCGCCACUGGCUCGGACGUCUCGGCCUCCUCCUCACCGCAGCUGCUGGUCAGCUCCUCUACGGUGCCCCCUGCCGCUCCGCCACCUGCCACUGGUGCCAGCAAUGGCCUGCCGGGUGCCUCGCCACAUUCCACUCGCUCCUCCCCGGCCAGCAGCCGACCGCACUCGGCGUCCCCGCUCCCAGCCCCCGUCCCCGUCUCCGUCUCGUGGUCCUCACCAAGCCCCGUGCCUUCGCGGAGCCAGGGCCUGCCCUCAUCGUCGGUGUCAACGCCGGCAACCACCAAGGCAACCGCCACCGUUGCCCCUCUGCCCGUGGCGCCGCAGCAGGCGCCCGCAUCGAGACCCGGCAUUGCACAGGUGGUUUCGGCUAGCCCCAGCCCUCGCACCUCUGGUGCCCCUCGUCUCAUCCAGCCGAAGCAGCCGCAGAUCCUGCCCAAGCUGUCGAGCGGCAGCGCGAACAUGACGACGCCCGCAGCGACCGCGACCACCCGGUCCCAGUCUCCCCGGGCGGCCCAGCACAAGGCCACACCGCAGCCCGCGCCCGUACCGGCACCGCAGCCUGUGACAACGGUGCAGCGCGGAGCCGCGAUGGGGCUCAACACGGGGAGUCCGCUGCUUAUUGGAAACCCUGCGGCAGCACAGCCGGGCAUGUUUCAGGCCGGACCUGCGCAGGGCACUUUCCUGCUGAACCAGUACAUUCCGGGCCUGGGCCACAGCCCGAUUCUGAUCCAGGGAGCGCUGGGGCAGAUCCAGGGCUCUCUGGGGCAGAUACAGGGGGUCCAGCUGGCCCUGCGGCCACCCCAUGCCACGGGCCUGACCCUGGGACCCCAGGCAGGGUCCAAGCCCCAUGGGGGACAUCCAGGACCACCUGGCACCCCGACGCUGGUCAUCCCGCAGAAUCUGGGGCCAAGGCCCAACAUCUUUCUGGCGCCGCCGCGCAUGAUGUCGCCCCCCUCAUUUGCCAUAGUCCCGGGACAGCCCCUGACACUGCAACAGCUACAGGCCAUGCUGCCCGCGCAGACCAUGCUGGCCCAGCCCACGCUGGGUGCGUUCCAGACAGACCAGCACCAGUCCCUGGUGCAGAUACCAACGUUCACCCAGCCGCAGAUACUGGCGCAGGACCACCACCAUCACCACCACCACCACCAUCAUGGCACCCUGUCGGCGCCCCUCAUCUCGACGGGCGGCAGUAUGGUGUCCUCUGCGCCCACUGCCAACAUCGUCACCCACCAUCCCGUCAUGACCACCACGACGGUGCUGCAUCCAGCGCCGCCGCAACAUCUCCCCGUGUCUGUCUCGGCGCCCAUGACGUCGGCGACGAUACACCACCAGCCACAGGCGCCUACUACAACGGCGCCACCAGCUGCGGAGAAGCCCACGAAAGUGCCCUCCCUAAACCUGGCCGCGUUGCUGAAGGAGCAUGGAAUCGUGCCGGACUCUACGCCUCCGCCCUCCCCUACGUCCAAUCAAGAAAACACCAUAUCAGUCGAGGUUCCCAUUGCUCCCGCACCAGUCACGGAGAGCGUGCAGGUCAUGGUGAGCAAGGCCCCGCAGACUGCGGCAGUGUCUCCCCGCAUACAGCUUUCGCUGGCGCACGAUGGCAGCGUCUUAGUGCACCCUCCAGGCAGCACCCUGUCCUCCAUGCCUGCGCCGGCACCCUCCCCGGGACUGGUGGCCACGACGGUCACACCCACGCCGACGAGCGCGCCCGGUGCGACUGCUCUCUCGCGGACCCACUCGGCCCUCCUGGAGCGUCUCUCCGCAGCGCCGCCCGUCAGCGUGCCUGACCUGGCCUCCCUGACCGCGCCGCGAGUCUCCGUCAGCACGCCGACCGUGGUGGCGUCGCCAUCGCUCGUUGCACCCUCGGUGGUGACACCAUCCAUGAUGACCGCCACCACGCACCCUCACCAGCUCACUCUGCACACCGUCAACAAUGGACUGGUGCCGGCGCAGCAGCUCGGGCAGCCCCAGUCUUUUGUGACCCUGCACGGCACGGCGGUAGCCAACAUGCUGUGCCACGGUGCGAACAAUGCGCGCAUCAACCACAUCGUGGUCAGCCCGUCGCCGUCCCUAGGGCAACAGCAGCAGCAUCACCACCAUCAGCACGCCGUGCACCACACGUGUCACGCCGUGGUGAGCUCGGCGCCCAGUGCCGUGGUGCCGACGACCACGACUACAGCGGUGAUGGCAUCGUCGCAGGCAGUGGUGGGUAGGACAGCAACGGCAGUGCCGACUUCCAUGGCGCACACGGUGGUGACUAUGGCCACGUGCCCCACCGUGACGUCCGUGACCGUGACGCCCACAGUGGUUGUGACGACGUCGAACAGUAGUGCCACGGCGCACGGGAGUGGGAAAUGUACGGCACCCAUGAACUCUCAAAACCAACAGCUCUACGAGCAGCUGCAGUCACAGAUCACCUACCUAAACUCCCUGAAGAAGCCCACAAUGCAGCAGAAGCUCCUGCUCCAUCAAAUGCUCGCCAUCGAGGAGAAGCUGCGGGAUUCGUCCAAGCCACUACGGAGCUCGCAAGCCCGCAACCUCGCAUUAAUUACCGCAGUGCCCACAUCACACGCACACUGCAUGCAACGGCACGAAGUCAAGCCAACCGUCGUUUCGCACCCGAUGCCUGCUGCGGCCACCAUAAUAACGGCAAAGCCAUCUGCUGUCACCACGGUCCAAGUGCCCACAAUCGCCGUUACCACGACAACGAGGACUACCAGCCGGACCACGCACCAUAAAGUCAACCACGCCGAUGUCAAGCCCAAGGCUUCCAUUCUCCACGCCGGGAAUGCAGCGUCCAUAAUCUCCACGCAAAAGGCAGUCACCUCCCAUCCCGGACCAGUGCGAAUAAUAGCCGCUGCGCCGACCACCACGAGCGCUGCUUGUGCCUCCUCUACCUGUUCCUCCGCUCCUUGCUCGUCAGCGUUGAGCGUGCCGCUGGCAUCGGCCGCUCCGAUGCUGUCGUCGCCAAGUGUGGUCUCCGUGUCAUCUGCAUCACUUGUGUCGAACGCGCCACUGGUCUCUGCUGCGCCCCUGGCAUCUAGCGGGUCGCUGUUGUCAACUUCAACAUUGGCAUCAUCAAGCAUGACACCCGUGUCAAGUGCCCCUCUGGUGCCCAGCUUGCCCGUGGCACCUAAUGCACCAUUAGUGUCGAGCGUACCGCCGGCGUCGACUGCACCGUCUCUGGUGCCAAAUAUGCCAGUGGUGUCUUGCGCACCAUCGGCACCUGUUGCACCUCUGCCGUCAAACAUGCCAGCGAUGCCACGCAUUCCGCCGACACCUACUGCACCCCUGGCAAGCAUGCCGGUGGUAUCAUGCGUUUCAUCGGCACCUACUACUCCGUCUAUGGUGUCAGACACUCUGGUGGUGUCGUGCGCCCCAUCGUCACAUUAUACUGCUCCUCUGAUGUCACACAUGCCGGUGGUGUCGUCUUGCGUUCUAUCAGCACACAUGACACCUGUGAUGUCGAAAGCGAUAGUGGUGUCAUGCGCUCCGUCAGUCCCUACUGCGCCUCUGGUGUCAAGCAAACCAUUGGUGUCAUGCUUACCUCCAGCAUCCACGUCAGCAUUAAUUUCAAGCGUUCCGCCAAUGUCGACUGCACUAUCGGUGUCUAGUGCACCGCACACAUCUGGUAUGCUGUUGGUGUCGACAGCGGCACUAAUGUCAAGUCCAUCACCAUUGACAUCGUGCGCACCACUGAUGUCAUCUGCACCACUGGUGUCGAUAGCACCAGCAGUGUCAUCGGCACCACUGAUGUCGACAACACCUAUGACAUCGACUGCGCCUUCGGUGACGUAUCCAUCUCUAGUGUCCAGUGCACCAGUAAUGUCGACGGCUUCACUUACUGCGCCAAGCACAACCGACAUGGCAGUGCCAUCAAUGGCCUCUCACCCUGGGGCUUCUUCCCAUCUACGUGUUCCUAACCCGGCCUCGGCCAAGCUCAUGCCGCUGCUGCACCACGGCGUGCACCACCACCAUCUACAUCAACAUCACCACCACCACCACCAGCCGUCGCCGGUGGGGAGCAGCAUGUCGCCGGUGAACCAGCGAUCGCCGCCCCAGGCGAAGCUGGUGCGGCUGCAGCACCCAACCAACCACAUCAUCGCACCGCCCAGCACGACCAAGCAGAUCCUGGUGCAGGUGCCCUCCGUUGUGAACAAGCCGCCUCCAAGCAAAAGUUCUGGCAGUGGUAACAGCAGUUCCACAAAGUCUUCUGUUCCCCUGUUGCCGAGCAAAGUGGAACCUGCCAUUCUUCCCAAGACCCCCCUGCCGCCACCCGAACAACCACCAGCUCCCCCUCCUCCGCCGCCGAAGCCGGUAGUUGUCAAGCCUAAAGUUCCUGAUCGUGUCCAGAAGAUUCAUGCGUUUCAUCAACGACUAAUGGAAGACCAGAACAGCGCGGUCACCCCAGAUACGAAGAACCCUUUCAGUUCGCGGCAGGACGCCUGUGAGCGGUUAUUGCGGUAUCACGUUUACGACUCGGAGUUACCCAGGGAAGAGGAUCUGCACAAAACGGAUGAGGCAUUUGCCGAGGUCUCGGAGCGCCUGCUGGGGGAGAGUCGAAAGCUGUAUCAAAAGUUCCACUACCUCAUGCUGAAGGAAGGAAUGAGAGAGUAUCCAACUUCCGAAAAGAUCAUGGUCGAAAAGCUCUUCGUUGAACAUGAAACCGACGCCUUGGUUGCCGAAAAGCGGGCAGCGGAGGAGGGUCAUUACUCGAACCUCGAGCCGCCAACGCUCCCGCCAAUGCCAGAGGGUGCGUGGUCAUUCGAGUCGAGCCCAUCGUUGCCCUUGCCACGACCGGUGAAGAAGGAGCCGCCGGACUCCUGGCUCGACGACGACGACCGGUCCGACCUGGAGCCAGCGCCGAAGAGGCGCUCAAUCAAGGAAGAAGAGCACGAGACCGUGAUGGCCCCCGCGGAAGUCGAUCCACUGCCUCUUCCGCGGGUGUCGGUGACACCGGAGCACGUUGACCUAGUGCUGAGCAUGCGCAAGGAGCUCGACAUGUCUCCGCCGGAAACGGACGAGUUUGCCCGUGACCUGGCCGACUUUGAGCCGCCCAUGGCUCGCUUCCCAUCGUCGGCCGACCUCAAGCAGCAGUUCGGCAACGGCGGCGGCAUCGUGCCUCCCGUGAUGGUGCCAGACUGGACCUGUGGUGUUAAGAGUGCAGAUGCCGAGCCGCGCGCGCCCGAGCUGGACUUGUCAGGCAUCGAGGGCUUGGACGACGACAGCAGCGGAGUGGACCCGUUGGGUCGGACUCACUACUUUGGUGACGACGAUGAGGAGGAGGACAAGGAUUCUGUCGAGCUUCACGACCAAGUCCAGAGUGCCAUCAACAGCAUCCUGGACUUCCGGCGAGCCGGUGCGGACGACGGCCUCAGUGUGGACUCUAGAGGAGCGGUGGCACGGAGUGGUCCGGAGCCGAUGGACUACGAUGACGCGACAGGAGACGCGCAGGCCACGGACUCUGUUUUGGACGAAGCCGUCAGGAGCAUAUUGUUGUGACCUCGGCAGUGUUGUUGCCGCUACUCCUACACGUUUCGCGAAACCAGUGCCGACUGUCUCGUUUUGUGUUUUUUGUUGUUUUUUUUUUCGAGCCACGCGCACGUGUGCGUGUGGAUGCGUGCACGUGGUUCGCGCCGAGGCGAAUAAUUACGGUGAUAUUUGCUGCCCCCCCCCCCCUCUUCGUCAUCUCCCAUCCUUGCCUUUCUUUUGUCGUGUCCAUGUUACUCCCGUCCUCAGUUCCUCCGUGUUGUUGUUGUAUAUAGCUUCUUUUUUUUUCAGUGACCUGCAUGUUACAGGAAGUGGUGAGCCCUGACUAGGCAACAGCUCCACAUUCUGUCCUUACGGUCCAGUUUCACGUCCUUUCAGACUCCUGCCGCCAUGUCACAACAUCUGCCGAGAAAAAAAAAAAGACUCUCAAAGACAGGCCACUCCGCCUUGAAUAGGCAGUGUGCCGACCAUCUUGCAAAACUUGUGGUGAAUCCGGUCUUCUGUGCAUAGGCGGGCAACCGGUGCCCUCGAUCCCCAAUCUUUGCGUGCCCAUGGUGUUGUGCAGUCGUUUCACUUUCCCAUUUUGUCGGUGUUUCUUUUUGUCCCUUUUAACUUUUCUUUCUUUAUUUACUUUUUGUCCUGUGCUAUAGACCUGCUUUUUCAAAACUCGGGGGGCCUUGUGUGUAUAUGUUCUGAAGUCGACACAGUCGUCAGUGCCCCUCUCUUUGCCAUCGUUUUUGUACUGUUGUGCAGUCUUCUUUUUUUCUUUUUCCAUACUAGGCACGAAUAUGCAAACUUUGGCGCGUCUAGCCAAACAUGCAACUUGGAGGUCCUCUUCAUUUUUUUUUUCUUUUACGUUUUCGACUUUGCAGCCUCCGAUCUCCUACUUAAGUGAAAAGGGAGCCCUCACACAGUGAUGACAAAAAGCAGACUCUAGGGGGGGGAAAAGGAAGAAGACGAGCGAGUUUUUUUCAGUGCCUCAUGUAAGAGCGAGCAAUGUGUGUGUCGUCCCCCAUUUUGUUUGCUGCCAGUGUUGUAAAGACGAGAAAGCAGGCCAGCGAAACAACAUCUUUUUUUUUUUUGUCUCUCAUGUAUAGGUGUAAAUACGACAGUCGCACAUAUUUAUACACAAGCACAUCCACGACGAAUGGAACGAAACCUAGACUUUACUGCUGCUCAAACGACAUGACGACGAAAUACAUUUGAUGUGAAACAGCGA